AGAACACUUUUGGAUCGCAUGCAAUUAGCGCCAUGGCUCCUAUACCCAAAACUCCAAGAACUCCAGUAACUGCCAGAACUAAAUCUCUGAGAACUCCCAAGUCGACCUUGAAGACGCCGAGGUCUUUGAAGGCGCCGAGGACACUGAGGACGCCAAGGAGGUUGAGAGCGCCGGUGGGGAGGCCCUCAAGGACUCCUCGAGCCAACGCCAAGCCCUUGACGAUUGGUGACAUGGUCUUUGAGGCCGUGGAGACUCUGAGCGAUCGGAGAGGCGUCUCUUUGCACGCAAUUAAGAAAUAUCUCCGGGACGCCAAGAAAGUCGACACCGAAGCGAAGGCAGUUUUUAUCAAGAAGUAUCUCAAAGUCUUUGUGGAGGAAGGGAAACUUGUUCAGGUUGCAGGCACGGGCGCCAACGGAACUUUCAAACUACCUGGUAAGAAAACCAUUUCGGAAAAACUGUUUGGAGGCUCCAAGGCCGUCGUGAAAGUUGCGAGCAGACCGAAAAUCGGCUACAUUGCAGGGAAGACGUCUGGGAAACAUUUCCCGAAGGUAUACCAUAAAUCCUCGAAUGUACCAAAGAAGACCUUAAAAGGAAAGGUUAAUAUGACGCACUGAGUGUUUAUGAAAUAUGUAUAAGGCUAGUGAAUGACUAUAUUGUUAUGGAAGCGUUUUUUAAAUAUGUAUAUGGCUAAUGAAUGACUACAUUGUUAUGAAAGCGUUUAUGAAAUAUGUAUUAUAUAGCGACUGAAUAAAUGAGGUCGAGAAAUAUCACUUUAUCAUCCGGAAAUGAUGGGAUUAUGUGAAGGAGGAUUAUCAUAGACAAUAUACGCAUAUAAAUAAGUGUAGUUUCUAGUCCUCAGCGUUACUAAGAAGAACCAUAUUUUUUUCAUUCCAUCAUCAACCUCUUCUAUAAA